GCUUCAUAGUUCGUACUUCAUACUGACUAUACAAAAAAAAUUAAGAUCAAUUUAACAACUUUUAAUUAGUUAUUUGAGUUGUUUCAACUAACGUGGCUAGUCUCAAUUCUACUUCUUAGUUCUUUGUAAAGUAUAACAUAGAAAUCAUAAAUCAAAUCUUAAAAUUAGUAUUAGACAACACAAAAAAAAGAUUUUCUUCAAUUUAGCUAACAUUAACAAUAAACCACCUAGUGCAAUGAUCAUUCCGUGCAAACUACAUAUGAAUAAUAAAGCAUCGUGAUUUGUUAUAACUAAAUCAUUGCCUUUGCCAAGUUUUCAUAUAAACUAUUUAACCUUACAUUAUAGUUCGAAUUAGACUAACGAGUUGCGUUCUAGCAGUUUAAACAUGGAAAUAUUUGAAAGAGUCUAUCGUAACUUAAUGCGAAAAUUAAAUGAACUACCUGUAACUGUUAAUAAAACUGUUGACAUUGUUAAUAAAUCUUUUAAUAAUGUAAGGGUACCUCCAUUAACAAGAGAUAAUGUACUUUAUUAUUAUAUGCCCAUACAAGGGCUUGUUAGUUACACAACAUUGUCAGUGAGUGUUAUGAACCCACAUCUAAUGGUCAGAUUAUUUCCUCGUCGAGAUAUCACAGACAUCCUCUUCUUGUCAGCGGGUGGUGGAGCUGGGCUUUGGCUCUGGUCUAGACCUCAUGUAGCUGCUGCAGCACCAGCUAGACGGUUUUCUUGGGCAUUUUUAGGUGGUUGUCUUUGGCCACUAGGAUCAAUAUUUCUCUGGGCAAUUCUAAGAAGUUCUAUUGGCCAAAGACCUGUUAUUGGUACUAUUGUUGGUAUGUCAACAGGAGCAAUGCUUACCAAUAUAGCAGUUGACUAUUUCCAAUAUAUAGAACUCAUGUUUUGUGGAGAGAUUCGGUUACCUGAUGAAACAUACAGUCCGAAUAGUGAUGAUGAGAAAUAUGAUAUUGAUCUUUAAGGUAAUAAGUUAUAUGAAAUAUUUCAGGUAAUACAAUUUUUUGUUUAUUUUGGCAAACAAAACAAGUUUGUUUUCCUACUGUUUCAAUGUAAAGUAUAUCUUUUGGAUCAAUCCUUAUACUUAGUAGAAGACCUGUUUAAUAUUUUAUAUACAUAUAUAUUUUUGUUAGAAACAAUAAGUAAUAUAUAUAAAUGCUGCAUAGGUGUAUUGUGUAAAUGAAUAGAGUAGUAUGUACCUUUCUGAUUAUCUCCUCUUUUAUGCUUAACAAAGAGCAUAGAUUCUUCUAUCUAUAAGUGUAAUGUAAUAUUCAAUUUGUAUCUAGUCUUGUGCAAUUGUUAAUUAUACUGUUAUUUCUGCUGA